AGCUCCCUCCUCCCUCUGCUCCCCGAUCACAGCCCAGGAUAUUGGUCGCAGAGCUCCGUGCCUGUGACGGGACUCUACCUGCGGUAAACCCCAGCGCAAUCGGUGAAACGAUUGCAUGACCCCCGAUCGGCCGGCCCGGACGACAGACUGCCCGCCUGCCCCGCCGCAGCUUCUCCUCUCCACCCAGGAGCCUGCGCAGCGCUCCCCGCGGGGUCUAGAUGGCCGGACACGAGUGGGAAGGCUGGUUCGAGCGCGAGGAACUCAUCGGACAGAUCAGCGACAUUCGAGUGCAGAACCUGCAAGUUGAAAGAGAAGUGGUUCAGAAGAGGACUUUCACCCGAUGGAUAAACCUGCAUUUAGAAAAGUGUGAUCCAAGCAUUGAGGUCCAUGACCUUUUCAGGGACAUCCAGGAUGGACACGUCCUCAUGGCCCUCUUGGAGGAGCUCUCUGGCUGCAAACUGCUCCAUGGAUUCAAGAAGUCCUCCCAUCGUAUUUUCAGACUCAACAACAUUGCCAAGGUCCUGACUUUCCUCGAGGAGAGAAAUGUAAAGCUGGUCAGUAUCGACGCAGCUGAUGUUGCUGAUGGAAACUCCUCCAUCAUCUUGGGUCUGAUCUGGAACAUCAUCCUCUUCUUCCAGAUUAAGGAGCUGACUGGGAACAUCAGGAGCCAGUUCCCCUCCUCCUCCAGCCUGUCGUCUAUUCCCACCAGCUCCGAUUCGGAUACGUCCAACUGCAGCUCACUGUCGGAUGAGAGACAGCUGGUGUCCGUGGCCAUGCGAGAGCACAGCAAGGCCAUUAAGAAACUGCUUCAGUGGGUACAGAAUCGAACACGCAAGUAUGGUGUCGCAGUUCGUGACUUUGGAAAGAGUUGGACAAGCGGCCUGGCCUUCCUGGCUGUCAUUAAGUCCAUCGACCCCAGCCUGAUCGACACAAGGAAGGCCUUGCUGAGGAGUGCCAGGGAGAAUCUGGAGGACGCCUUCAGGAUAGCCCACUACAGCCUCGGUAUCCCACGCCUUCUGGAGCCUGAGGAUGUGACUAUCAAUGCACCAGAUGAACAAUCCAUUAUAACGUAUGUGUCACAGUUCUUGGAGCACUUCCCUGGCAUGGAGAAGCCAGAGGAGCCAUGCCAGCUGAUUGAACAGAGUGUCUCUAUGGCCCGUCUGAAUUUCCAUGACCACAUAAGGAACGGCCCUCAACAAAGCAGAGUGAAGGAGAGAUCCUACAUGUUCCAGGGGGAUUAUGCUCCUCCCCCACCCAACAUGUUCAUUUCCUCUGUCUCAGAGGUCAGGAGUGCCAUGUCACCCCCUUUUGAGCCAGCUACAGCGCGCUCGUGGUCCACUAAAGACUUGUUAGCAGAUUCGCCCCACAUGGAAGACAUCUCCAGCAGCUUGGUUGAAGAUGCCAAGGAACCUUUCAGUGAGGUCUUGAGCAACUCAACCUUAAACUCCCCAAAGCUGUCUGACACUCAGUCUCCAACUAGCUAUUCAGUGCAUGAGUGUGUGAACACUGAGUCAAUACUUAUCGACUCAGCAGUAGGUUCACCAGACUCCUGGAUGGAAAGCGAUUUUGAGGGGAUGUCAGGGAGAUUUUGUGAGAACCGAAGUGACAGUUCUUUGUGCGACAGUGGAAUAGUCUGGGAUGUGUACCGUGCCGACCCUGUGGAGGUUAUCACUCUUGAUGAUGACACGACAGAUAAUAUAGCCCAUGAUGAGCAGUCACAGAACGAAAAAGGGAUUUACUCAAUGAUAUCAGUGGAGAGACCACAGGAACUAAUCCUAGGAUAUUCUGAGAGAAAGCAAGUUGAAGUACUGACAGAGACAAAGGCAAACCUUAAAAACCAUAACCAGAAAUUGGCACUAGAACAGAUACUGGAUUCGAGCAAAGCUGAGACAACAGAAGAAGUAGACACUAAACGGAUUGAGACAAGGCUGGAAACUUCUUUUGGACUAUCUGAUGUAGAAGUGGUGGCCAAAUCUGAUUCUGACAAUCUUCUUGAAACCGUUAAAACUAACCAGUCCUAUCUCAACUCCAACACUGAACUACCAUUCUCUGACCUGGUCGGAGGCUGUGCUAAGCAAACUAGCGUUGAAGAGAAAACGCCCAAAGAACUGGAAUGUUUACAGACAACUGUGGAUUCCAUUGGGGAUGCAAAGGACCACGAAGAACAAAUUAAUGGUCAAACUGAAAUUCUAAAUGACAGAAAUAAUUGGGAGGAAGCUGCAGUGGAGAGUCAAUGUCAGAAAACUGAUGAUCUUUUUGUGGAGAAAAGAGAGGGCCAAAGAGAUAGCUCAUGGAUUGUUAAGGAAAGGGAUGAAAGGGUUCAAGAUACAAGAGAUGAAGCAUGGAAUACAGUUCAAGAAAUCCUUACCACAGAGACUGAUUAUGCUUCAGUAAACACAAAUCCAACCAAUCGGGAGGGAUCUCCAAGCAACAGGCAAGCUCACGCCAGGGAUGGAGAGGUUCACCCACCAGAGACGACGGGAAACAAUGGAGGUGACACAGAUGUCAACAGUGCUCACCAUGAAGAUGAACUGAGUUGUGACUCCUGUGACAAUCAUGACAAAAAACCUGUUGAGAUUUCUUCAGAAAAUGUUAAACCAACAUCUUCAGAACAAAUACGGGACACAGAAAAUUGCCAUCUGGUUGAUACAGAUGAAAAAGACUCAUGGAAGUCUUCAAAUGUAGAGACAUGUGAUCCAUGCAAAACAGAUAACAUGGAAAUAAGUGAAGCCAAACAAGAAUGUGAGUUCCCUCAAAAUAGUUCUCAGACAGAUAACCCUGACAAGGACAAUACUGGUCAGACUUCUUCCACAGAUGACAGAUCUCUACCUGUGACGAAUGACCAGGACAAACUGGAAGACACCUUUUCUGACAGUGAGACGACCGAUACACAGCAGAGCACAUUGAAUCCAGUCAACUCAGAGCUCCACGAGGAUGAGGUUGGUGUCCCUAUUGAACCCAUGGAUCUGUUCUACCCAGACAAAGAGGAGCCCAUGUUUACUGAGCCGUCUUACACUGAGAUGCAGAGUUGGCCUUGUGUUUUGAGUGUAUCAGCUCUCCAGCCAGCGCCAGCUUCAGAGACUCUGCCAGACGACCAACCACUCGCCCUGCUGCAUGGAAAUCUCAGGAUUGGAGAGGAUUUGACACACAACAAGGUGGCUACAAAAAUUCAGAACACCGACAAAGCAUCUGAAUCCCAGGAACUGUGUUUGUUACCUUGGGAGAAGAAGGGAAGACUCUGGGGUGACGAUGUUGGAGCAGAUGGCAGUGAUAUCGACGAGGCUGAACCACCGAGCCCAGGCUCCGUCGGGGAAAACACAGAGCCUGUGUGGGGUCACACAAGACCAGAUGAAAGUCCGAUCCCUCCAGUUCUCCGUCACAGAAAGACGGCCGGCAUCACUGAGUCUGUGGACAAACGGGAAACUGUGACUGUGGCAGCCAGAAACGAUGACAACGGUGACUUCUGGUGGAGUGAGAGCGGGGGGCUCCAUCUGCUUCUGCUGUUUUGGCUGCUGCUCUACUGUUUCUGGCUCCUGCCACAGAUGGACCUGAAGACACUGCCCAGCCUGCUGCUGAACCUCAACCACUGAACACGCAGAGCAUUUUGUUUUCAGUGACAGAUAAACUGUCACUCAUCUCAAUUUUUCAUCACACUGUCUGUACUCUAAGUAAAUUGAAGGCAUUUGAAAGAUGUAUAUUUUAACCGCUAAAGCUUUUUGGGGUUUUUGCUUUAUUAUCUUUCCAUGUUGCUUUAAGUGAUCGGCGUGUAAGUAUAAAGACCUACUUCAGCAUAAAAGGACAUCUGACAAAAAGUCCUAACACUUUGAAAAAUAUAGAAGUUAUUUUUUCGUAAUUAAGACCAUUCUCAUAAAUGUGACUUCCGGGCAACCGUGGCUCAGGAGGUAGAAUCGGUUGUCUACUGACCCGAAGGAUGGCGGUUCAAUUCCCAGCUUCUCCUGGCCUGCAUGCUCACGUGGCCUCGACCAGGACACUUGACCCUAAAUUGCCUCCAACUCCUCCGGCAGUGUAUGAAUGUGACAGUAAAAGCACGGUAAAUAGCAACGCUGUGUGAAUAGGUGUGACUUGUGCUUUGAGUGGUCAAUGAGACAAAAGUCAAUUCAAUGUAGCAACUUCACUCCCAAAGUAUUGACUCUUUCCUCAUGAAUUUAUUUGUGCAACUUUUUUCCUCAAAAUGACUUCUUACCAUCUUACUUCAUCUUACUAUCUUAGCUGAGGACUGCACCUCUUCUGGACAGAGACUUCAGAAUCUUUGAUGGACGACCUCUUUGUUUCAUUUCAUUGCACCUCUGUUAGCUGACGAACGUCGCUGCAAGCUUUCUUGAUCUUGGCUUCCAGCCUUCUUCUCCGUGGGGGGAACUCUCUGCAUGGUGCCUUCUCGAUCUCAUAACCAAGUAUCUCCAGCAUCACUGUUGCAGUGGCAAAUCCGAGGUCAUUGGUUUCUGUGACCGUAGUCGAGGAGACAGUUAGUAAGAGCUGUGUUAAUAUCUGUAAUUUUCUUUUCUGAUGGGGCUUUGUCAUAUACAUAAAUAUACACUGCUCCAAAUAAAUUAAGGGGACACUCAAAUCACACAUCGGGCUCGAUGAGAGAGUUAUUCAAGUUGAAAAUCUUUACUGGUGUACAUUGUAUAAUUUGUUGAGAACAAAAGGACAUAACGGUCACAAAAUCACGGUUCAAAUCAAAGUAAAAAAAUUAAAUCACAGGUUGAUCCCAUAUGUUUUUUUAAAAAUAUAUAUGAAGUCACAUCCACCCAUUCACACACAUUCAUACAGCGCUGUUAUUUACCACACUUUUUUCUCUGUCACACUCACACUGCCAGGACAAGUUAGGGUCAAGUGUUUUGUCCAAGGACACGUUUGCAUUCGGACUGGGAUAAGAGUGGAUCAAAUCACCGACCUUCGGGUUAGUGGACAACCGUCUCUACAUCCUUAGUCACAGCCGCCCCAAUAUAUAUAGUCUUAUUAGUCAUAUAUAGUAAUGGAAGCGCUAAUAAUACCACCACAAGCCUAAUAACUCCUAGGGGUCUACUAUAACUCUUGUACUAAAGCAGCAGCCCAUCUUCCUGUUGUGUAAUAGUUGGGGUUGAAUAUGUAUUUGUAAUAUUUCAUGGCUCAAGGUUUAUGAAUAGAUUUUUUUUUAAGUUUUAUGAUGAAGAAAUAUUUUAUGUGAUUGAGCUAUGCUUGAAUUUGUCCAAGUAUGUCAAUAAGAUUGCUUAACAAUUGAAUAUAUUUCUACAUUAUUUUUGGAUAACGUCUGCAAUGAAGGGUUGUGGUGUACUAAAAUGUGAUACUAAAUAUUUUCGAUCAUUGUAGUGAAGGUCAAGGUCAAGUUCAAGUUACUUUAUUAGUACCAAGAGGUAGAUUUUUUUUUGCAGUGGAGUCCUCAUACACACAUAUGGGAAAAAACAAAGAGGCACAUAUCGCACAUCAUUCAACUUAAGACAGUGGAAAUUAAGAAGAAAUGGCAAAAAUUUAAAUUAAAUUUAAAAAGUUCUUUCCGGUCCAGAUAAUACUUAAAUAUUGAUGUGAACUAAAUACUAAUAGUAAAAAGAAAGUAAAACAAAAUGAAUAAGUAAACUUUUGUUUAGGUUAUGAAAACAUACAGAAAGGUUAAGAUAUAAUAAAUAAAUACAUACAUAAAAGCAACAAUAAAUGAACACCUGAACACCUGUGCAAAGUACAGCUAUGACUUAUUCCUCAGUGUAAUGGCUGCAGGGACAAAACAGUUUUUGUCUUUUUGUUCUACACCUAGGGAUUGUAAAGCUACGCCCAGAGGGGAGAAGCUGAAACUCUGUGUGCAAUGGAUGGGAACUGUCGUUUAAAAUGUAACCAGUUAUGCGCUGUAACUGUUUUGUGUACAUCAGUCCUCCAUCACCAAGCCUGAUUCUGCUUUCAUACUAGCAGAACAGAGGGUAACUGUACUGAAUUUGAAUACAACUUGUUCAGCAGAAAAGCCAAUUAUCGCGUUCAGUACAAACUGGGUCAUCCCUCCAACACAGUGCUUCACAAUUAUAUCUCAAGUGUGUGUCCUAAUGUGUUCUUGUACUUUUGUCCUUGUGAUUACUAGAGCUGUGUCCCAGUUCCAUCCUAUUUACUAAUUGCACACAGUAUGGAUUAUACCAUAAUCCUGAUAUGCUGCAGGAAAUCACUAUACUUUUUUGUGUAGUACAAAUGGGAACCUGCCAUCAAUCAAACUGUAACUGAAACUUCACAAAAAGACAACAAAAAUGUUUAAACUAAAGAUUUAAUAUUUAUAUAUGCAUUAUGACCGUUAUUAUAUAAUACUGUUUUACAAUGUAAUGUUGGUUUGACAUGACAAAUAAAAGUCCACCUACUUGCCGUU